UCCUAUAUCCUCUCUCUGUCUUCUUUCGUUUUUCAUUCUUACACUUUCUUUUUUUUUAUUUUUGUUUUUUUUUUAAAUUUUAUUUUCCUUUUCUCCUUCUAAUUCCUAUUCCUAUAUCUAUAUGCUUUUAGUUGUCUCGCUCUCCUUUCUCUCUCUCACUUCUUCCAUUAACUUUACUCCCAUUAAUCCAUUCACACUUACAUUCUCUUCAGAUCUCACGUUACUUUUAUUUUUUGUUUUAAGAUUCCACAACUUUUUUUUAUUUGAGUACUGUGGCAUAUUAAUUGCCAGUUGUAUAUCUACUUUUUGUAAAUAUGCCUGGAUUUGUUGUGGAUGGAGUAAAUGAAGAUGGGUUAGAAGUAAAUGUAACAGCCAGUAAGGAGAAUUCUGUUCAGAAUAUGAGGUCUCCUAAAAGCACAUUAAGCCCUCAAAGUCCAAGAAGUGUUGAUGAGGAAGAAGGUCCGUUGGAUGGGACUGUAGACACUUCAAUUGAACAGCUUUAUGACAAUGUCUGUGAUAUGCAGAGCUCAGAUCAGUCACCUUCUAGGCAAAGUUAUUUAUCUGAGGAUGAUAACGAAUCUCGAAUUGAUUCUGAGUUGAGACAUCUUGUGGGUGGAGGGAUGAGGGAAGUUGAGAUCAUGGAAGAGGAAGUUGCUGAGGAGGAAAUUCGUGGUGAUUCUGACAAUAGAGAGGAUGGUUCAAGUGGGGAAAACUGUGUUCUGGAAGAAAAAACUCGAUCUUCAAGCAAUAAAUCCUUGUCUUUAGGGAAUUCCAACAAGGGUUCUAGUUUGCAGGUGGAACUUGACGAGUGCACAAAAUCGAGUCCUGAACAGAAGAAUGAGAAACAAAAUGGAAAAAUCUUGAAGAAGAAAGCUACUCCCCCUAAGAAGCAGAGGAAUUUCCCUCUUGCAGGAGGUGAUACUGCUUUAGAUAACCCGGAUCUUGGACCUUUUUUGUUGAAGCAAGCUAGGGAUUUGAUAUCCUCAGGUGAUAAUCUCCGAAAGGCUCUUGAUUUUGCUCUUAGAGCCUCAAAAUCAUUUGAAAUUUGUGCUGAUGGGAAACCUAUAUUAGAAUUGGUCAUGUCCUUACAUGUUGUAGCAGCAGUGCACUGCAGCCUCGGCCAAUACAAUGAAGCAAUUCCAAUUCUUCAGCGUUCCAUCGAGAUACCCUCGAUUGAGGAUGGACAUGAUCACGCCCUUGCUAAAUUUGCAGGUAAUAUGCAACUUGGGGAUACUUUUGCUAUGCUUGGACAACUUGAGAACUCAAUAGGAUGCUAUACGAAUGGUCUGGAAAUACAGAAACAAGUCCUAGGUGAAAAAGAUCCUCGAGUUGGUGAAACAUGCAGGUAUUUGGCUGAAGCCCAUGUACAAGCCAUGCAAUUUGAUGAGGCCGAGAAGCUUUGUCAGUUGGCUCUUGAUAUCCAUAGAGAAAGUGGUUCACCUGCAUCCCUUGAAGAGGCAGCGGACAGAAGACUUAUGGGUCUCAUAUGUGGAACUAAGGGUGACCAUGAAAAAGCUCUAGAGCACUUAAUUUUAGCUAGUAUGGCAAUGGUAGCUAAUGGUCAAGAAAAAGAGGUGGCGUCAGUUGAUUGCAGUAUUGGAGAUACUUAUUUGUCUCUCUGUCGGUAUGAUGAGGCCAUUUUUGCUUAUGAGAAAGCCUUGACAAGUUUUAAGGCAACCAAAGGAGAGAACCAUCCAGCAAUCGCUUCAGUGUAUGUUUGCCUUGCUGAUUUGUAUAUCAAGACAGGUAAGCUUAGAGAGUCAAAGUCAUACUGUGAAAAUGCUCUACGUAUAUAUAGCAAGCCUGUUCCUGGAAUUCUCCAGGAAGAAAUCGCAAGCGGGUUCACUGAUGUUUCUGCUAUUUACGAGUCUAUGAAUGAGCUUGAUCAGGCGCUCAAGCUACUCCAAAAAGCUUUAAAAAUAUAUGGUGAUGCUCCUGGACAGCAAAAUACAGUUGCAGGGAUUGAAGCACAGAUGGGUGUCAUGUACUAUAUGCUUGGUAAAUAUACAGAAUCUUACAGUUCUUUGAAGAGCGCUGUUACCAAACUCCGUGCCAGUGGCGAAAAAAAGUCUGCGUUGUUUGGAAUAGCUCUUAAUCAAAUGGGUCUGACUUGUGUCCAACGUUAUGCCAUCAACGAGGCAGCAGAAUUAUUCGAAGAAGCCAAGAUUAUUUUGGAGCAAGAAUAUGGUCCAUGUCACCCUGAUACUCUUGGUGUGUACAGUAAUCUAGCUGGAACUUACGAUGCCAUUGGCAGGUUGGAUGAGGCCAUAGAAUUGCUAGAAUAUGUUGUUGGCAUGAGAGAGGAUAAGUUGGGAACAGCAAAUCCUGACGUGGAUGAUGAAAAGAGGAGGUUGGCUGAGCUGCUAAAAGAAGCUGGCAAAGUUCGUAGCAGAAAAGCCAGAUCUUUGGAAACCCUUCUUGAUGCAAAUUCUCAUCAUAUAAAUGAUAAUGGUAUUAAAGUAUGAUAUGGUUUAUUUUAAGAAAGCUAAGAAAGAUUAAAAGAGAGAUUUGGUUUUGAAAUGAUUAGAUUCUUAUUUUGGGAGGUUCUAAAUAAUAAUAAUAAUAAUAAAUAAAUAAAUAAAUAAAAGUGAUACUCUUUAGGUCUUGGUUGUGAUAUUGAUUCCUAUUUCAUUUUUAAAGUUGUUAUCUUCUAUUAGAUUAUUUUACCAUACUUUGUAUAAAUGGCAGUUUUUUGUACCUUUGAAUGUUCAAUUGAUUUAAAACAAGUGCUACACAAGCAUUUUGUAUGUAUGAUCCGAAUUCUUCAUGUCCAAGUGUAAGUGGUUUCAGAUUAAUGUGAA